GGCGGCGGCGGCGGCGCUGGUGUUGCUGCUGCUGCUUCCAUUCGCGAAGUGGAGACGGGAGUCUGCGGACCCGGCGCGCCAGCAGCAGCAGCAGCAGUGGCAGCUGGACCCAGAGCGCCGAGCGCGCAUGGAGCCGGAGUUGGGUGCCUGCUUCCCUUCGCGUCCGUGGAGCCCCCGCGGCGGCGCGAGGCUCCUGCUGCUGCUCUUGACGGUGCGCCUGGGCAGCUGCAUGGAUAAAGCAGAUGAUGAAGAUGACGAAGACCUAACUGUGAACAAAACAUGGGUGCUUGCUCCAAAGAUUCACGAAGGAGAUGUCACUCAUAUACUGAACUCUUUACUCCAAGGCUAUGAUAAUAAACUCCGACCAGAUAUUGGAGUGAGAACUACAGUAAUUGAAACUGAUGUCUAUGUUAACAGCAUUGGUCCGGUCGAUCCAAUUAAUAUGGAGUACACCAUAGAUAUCAUUUUUGCCCAGACUUGGUAUGACAGUCGCUUGAAAUUUAACAGCACCAUGAAAGUACUUAUGCUAAAUAGCAAUAUGGUUGGAAAAAUUUGGAUUCCAGACACUUUUUUCCGGAACUCAAGAAAAUCAGAUGCCCAUUGGAUCACAACUCCAAACCGCCUGCUUCGCAUUUGGAGUGAUGGACGUGUUUUAUAUACCCUAAGGUUGACGAUUAAUGCCGAAUGUUAUCUCCAGCUUCAUAACUUUCCCAUGGAUGAGCAUUCCUGCCCUCUGGAGUUUUCAAGCUAUGGAUAUCCGAGGAAUGAAAUUAUAUACAAAUGGAAAAAGUCCUCUGUGGAAGUGGCAGAUCCCAAAUACUGGAGAUUGUAUCAAUUUGCAUUUGUAGGCUUACGUAAUACAACAGAUAUCUCCCAUACACAGUCCGGGGAUUACGUUGUCAUGACGAUUUUCUUUGUUCUGAGCAGGCGUAUGGGGUAUUUUACCAUUCAGACGUACAUUCCUUGCAUAUUGACAGUCGUCCUUUCCUGGGUCUCGUUCUGGAUUAAUAAAGAUGCUGUGCCUGCGAGGACAUCAUUAGGCAUCACCACUGUGUUGACCAUGACCACGCUGAGUACAAUUGCAAGGAAGUCCCUUCCCAAGGUUUCCUACAUAACAGCAAUGGACCUUUUUGUCUCUGUGUGUUUCAUUUUUGUGUUUGCUGCCCUGGUGGAGUAUGGCACCUUGCAUUAUUUCACCAACAACAAAAAGGGGGCCAAAGAGAAAGACAAGAAAUCAAAAAACAAGUCCUCAACUCCUGCACUUCCUGUCCGCCCUGGAUCAACGUUAAUUCCAAUCAACAAUCUCCGUCACCUUCAAGAACAUCAUGGCAAUUAUGGAUAUGAGUGCCUUGAAGGGAAAGACUGCACCAGCUUCUUUUGUUGCUUUGACGACUGCCGCACGGGAUCGUGGAGAGAAGGACGAAUACACAUCCGCGUGGCCAAAAUUGACUCCUAUUCCCGGAUCUUCUUUCCCACGGCCUUCGCUUUGUUCAACCUUGUCUACUGGAUUGGUUACCUUUACCUAUAAAUGCCAGAUAUUUGACAAUCUUGAAAAAAGGGAUAACUGACACUCUGAAACACACCGCAGUAAAUAAGAUUAAAAGGUUAAAGCCCAGCGUAUCAUUUCAUUUUGUUUGUAUGUUGACAUUUCAAGAUGCGGAAAUGAAAUUGAGAAAAUGUUGACUAGAACUUUUCUAUCUUGACCAUUUACAAAGCUGGUUGAAAAAAACCCGUUUGGAAAGUUGGUGUUUUUUUUAUGUUUUCCAUCAUUUUUGCACUAAUUUUUACAAAGAUCCAUGGUUUAAAAACUAGAAAAAACUAAUUUCCUUAUGAUUUGUUUAGAGAGAACAAUAAUUGUUUGAAGUGGAUAAUUUUGUUGCAGCUCUUACACCAAAGCUGACAAAGCCUUAGGAAACCGAGACUACUCUGAAGAAAGAUUUAGUCAACAGCUUAUGUUCACAGAGUAAUUGGAUUUAAGCCCAUUGACAAAUAAAUCACUUUAAUGUGAUGAAGUCAGCUCAAACCUGUUUAUCCUGCUCAGACCAACUUUUGGAUAGGGCUGAAAAAUGAAACGGAAGACCAAACUACAUGUGAUUCUGUGGGGGUAAUUCAUGAUCGAAUUCCCUGAUGUAUUUGUAUUUAACCUUUAAAAGCAGCCCUGGAGAUUGGAAUCAUUGGAAUUGGGCUGCCAUUAGAUGGGGAAAGGAAAGAUCUGUAUCUGUAUUGCAGAUAUCCUUCAACUCCAUCAGGGCUAUUCAGAGCUUUGGCAUGUGUGAGAGAGAAUUCCAUUGUUGAAAUGCUCAGAGGUUUUAAAUAAGAGGUUGGAAAAUUCAUUCUUGGAUCUCCCACAUGUAGUUUGGCCUUGCUAAUUGACCAUCCCUCUCAUGUUUUUAGCUCUCUGUUUCUCUGUGUAAUAUUGUUUCAUAUGGAAAUAUGUUGGACCAUGAACAAGAUACUCAUUUGCCUAAAGAGAUGAGAGCAGCAUGCAACCAGCAUGUUACAUCAAAUCAUGAUACUUCUGGGUCCUUUCUGCCCUAUAUUUAUUUAUUUCAUAAAAUUUAUAUACGACUUGAUUUUAGGGGGGAGGGGAGAUCAAAGUGGUUUAUAUGUCACAUUUGUUACAUGUUUUCCUUAAAAAAGAAGAAGUCUAUUUGUCAUCACUUUUGAGAGACUCCUGCCGCACAACACAACAUCCCAGAAAAGACCCCUCCUCCCAGCUGUCUUUGGUAUAAACUGAAGUGCACCAGAAAUCCAAGAUCUGUGCUUGUUGCUGCCUCUCUUUGGUCAUGUCACAUGAGGAAGCAGAAAGCAGCAGAAUAAUGCCUCAAAAGGUGCACUUAAAACAAGGUUUUUCUUCAGGCCCGGUACUUUUUGUGUAAGCUCACUCGUCUUCAUGGGCAACCGAAAUGUGGAAUCGCGUCAGCUCAAGGAAUUCUUUAUGCUAUUCGCCACAUCUUCAGGAACACUGGAAUCGAUGAGAUCACAUAGGGCGAGAUGUCACAAUCUUGCUUCCCAUUAGCAUUGUCCCUCCCAGAGGUCAGGGCAGCACUAAUGUGAUAUAUAACCCCAUUGUUAGUUUCUCCCAAGUGGUGUCAUCAGUUCCAGUCAUGCCACAGAGCAGGACCAUGCAGAGGUGGCAAAUACAUUUGGAAACAUAAGAACCAUGAGAUUUGGACAUACAAGACAGAUGAUGAAAUGCUAUUCAUAGGAAAAGUUGUAUGUCAUAUUAUAGUGGAGUGUUGGAAAUCACUAGAAGUUACUAGAAAACCCCUCAUACAUAGAUGAGAGAUAUUGUCUUCCUCAGAUGUCAACAUGACUUGGCCAGCUUUGGGCGUUGUGCACCUUAACUUGGCGAUGGGAGAGUGGUUCACCUUUUCAUCUGUGAACGCAAAAUGUCUUAGGUCGCCCUGUCAAGGAGCAAUCCACAUUGAAAUGCAGAAAACUACAGAGAUGAUAUUUCUUUAAAGUCAUCUCAUGGGUUCCAGUCUGAGCUGAGAUAUGGGCCAGAAAGUUAAAGAUAAAUGCAAAGAGCUCCUUUAACAAUUAUUUGGAUGUAAGGAUGUUCUAGAAGAGGAGGGGCAGAAAUUACCACAGGACGUCGCCACAGCUUGCCCCACGCUUGUGUUGUGUUUGACUAGUUUCCCUGGGUUCACCAUUGUAUGGCAACCACCAACCACCAGAUUUAUUAGGUUUUAAAACUUUUUGUAAAGCUUUUUAGAACAGAUCCUUUCAGGAAAACAGUGUAUUCUCAUGACGGAUUUCCUGUCAGUCACUCGGAGCCAUGCCGUUGUCAAUUGUGGUUCGGCCUGCACAACACCACUUGGCUCUGGAGAGAUUAAUCAUGUCAGCUUCUCAGCAACUAUGGGUUACAGAACGUGAUACUCUUCGAUCCUACAAAGGCUCCCAGUUUCAGUUUGCUCAUUAAUCUGAGCAUUUUGGGAACUCUGUUUCUAAUUCUGGCUACAGGACCCAUUGGUGCCUUUUUGGUAUCACAUCUUUUGAGCCUCCUGGCUUUUCCUUUGCCUCGUUCCAUUUUUCCUCACCUUGUUUUGCCUGUGGCUUGACUAGAACUGGAUCUGAUGACAGAACGAAGGUGUGUCUCAUACAGGUACACUGCCUCCACCACAGCUGCCUAUAUCCUGAAAACAAAUCCCGUCAUACAGAGUCUAAGUAUGACAGUUGUAACUAUUUGUGAUGUACCUAAAUGUGGGACACAAAAUGGCCGACUGGCAAUCGUGUAAAUAAAUUUAAAAAAUCAGAUAGCCUCCAGCGUAUUCUAUGAAGCCACACACCUUGUCCCACAAGCGACCUUGUCAACGAGAAUCACUUACUGGCAUUGCACUUCAUGUCGUUGCCUGAGCAAGCAUUUUGUUUGCUGUAAAAAAACACCCAGCCCUAAACUCAGGGACAGGCUGUGAAUGUGUUUGAGAAAGCUAUGACUGGUCAUGGCCCAGUGGCAAAUGUCUACUGUGGGUUUUGAGAUGUAUGCUUUCCCUUCACAUUUUAUGUCUGCUGUGGAAGACAGGUGGACUUGAGAUGCCCUAAAUGGUGUUCUAAGACAAUCUGGCAAACAUCUGUGGAAUAUUCGGCUGGGAAAAAGAAAACGGUUAAAAUGUGCAGGAAAAUAGUUCAAGUACAUCUCUUUGCUUCUAGAGUCAUCCAACAGCUACUUCUUGGUUUAAUGUUUUGUAAUAAAAUGGUCUGAUGUGCUAGUGUUUUGUGACUAGUCCAUUAUCUGUCUGAAGUGACUGAAAAAAUAUUGAUGUUCGAAAUUCUCUAGCUGUAUAUAGGCAGAGAAUUGUAUGGUUUUCCUAUUCUUCAUGGUGGAGAGUUCUGUGAACUCGUUGUCUUCAGUAUUCCUUAACCUACAGAGACUGAUCUAAUAAAAUAUACCACUUUA